AUGGUUUAUGUCGAAAACGAGAUGAAGCCCGAAUUGAUGAACGGCGGCGCUGGUUUUACAGGAUUGUUUUAUGAUCCUAACAUGUCGUCAUAUCAUCCAUAUAUCGGUGGAUUAGAUGGUUCACGUAGAAAAAAUGCUACACGUGAAACAACGGCUCAUCUAAAGACUUGGCUCAAUGAACAUCGAAAAAAUCCUUAUCCAACUAAAGCUGAAAAAAUUAUGCUCGCUCUUUUAACAAAAAUGACUCUUACUCAGUUUUACUAA